ACCCUACUAAGUUUAAUUGCAGAGCUCCGCCUAUGAGUGUCGCGAUUGUAGAAUUCUGUAACCUGAAUGUGUUUGCUGGCUUCAUAAAAUGUUCAGCGAGAAAGCGAGUACAAGAGAGGGGAGGGGAGUGAGCAGAUAGAGUAAAGCCAGUUACAGUGCCAGACAGUCGGCUUGAGCUGCGACCCAGUGGAGGUGAUGAUGGCGGCAGCUCUCGAGAGAGGAGGGCUUCGGGCCGCCUUCCUGAACCCAGGCAGCGGUGGUGUUGGCGGACCAGCACCGACAGCCGUCCCGGCUGGAGCGGGAGCCGGGGCGCUUGUCCUAGGUUCGGCUGGUUCCGGCCCGAUGCCUGUUCCCAUGAACCUUUUUGCAACCUGGGAAAUAGACCGUUCUUCUCCAAGCUGUGUUCCGAGGCUCUGCAGUCUCACUCUGAAAAAACUGAUUGUCCUCAGAGAACUGGACAAAGAGCUCAACUCUGUUGUCAUUGCUGUCAAAAUACAGGGCUCCAAGCGCGUCCUCAGGUCUAACGAGUACUUACUCCCGCCCAGCGGCCUCAUGGAGACAGACCUGGAGCUCACCUUCUCCCUGCAGUACCCACAUUUCCUGAAGAGGGACGCCAACCGGCUUCAGAUCAUGCUGCAGAGACGGAAACGCUACAAAAACCGCACUAUGCUGGGCUAUAAGACACUGGCAGUGGGGGUCAUCAACAUGGCGGAGGUGAUGCAGCAUCCAACAGAAGGGGGCCAGAUCCUGGGUCUCCAUAGCAACGUGAAGGAGGCUCCAGCUCGCGUGGCCGAGAUCAGCGUGUUCUCUCUGUCCAGCCAGCCAAUCGACCACGAGGAUGCCAGCGGCCAGGCCGGGCCCAAAACCAAGACCUCAGAUCGCUCUCCUGAUAUGGAUAACUAUUCAGAGGAGGAUGAUGACAGCUACUCCUCAGAACAGGAGGCCAGUGACGAUGCGGUGCAUGGGCAGGACAUAUACGAUGAGGAUGAUGAGGUACGGAAGCCGAAGAAAUCACGGAGGAAAAUGAUCAGAACCACCUCAAUGACAAGGCAACCCAACUUCAAGCAGAAGUUUGUGGCCUUACUGAAGAGGUUCAAGGUGACUGACGAGGUUCUGGACUCAGACCCAGUGGACCAGACUCGGGAAGCGGAGGAGGAUCUGGACCUGCUCUACGACAGUCUGGAGAUGUACAACCAGAGCGACAGUGGUCCAGAGAUGGAGGACAACGAGAGCGUCAUGAGCACCCCCAAACCCAAACUCAGGCCGUUCUUUGAGGGCAUGUCCCACUCUAGCUCCCAGACAGAGAUCGGCAGCCUGCACAGCCAGAGGAGUCUGCCCAGGGAACGCAGCUGCACAAGUGCAGACUUUUUGCCAGUGGAGAGGUGCAAGCCAUCAGGGACACGACACCAGGAGGAUAUCAACAUGGAUUCUCCAACAGGGGAGCUGGAGGUGGAGGACUUUGGGCCGAUGGUGGGGGAGGUGAGCAGCAGCUGGGAGGUGAACGCUGAGCGCUUGGCCAACACCGUGGGCAAACUCUGCAAGAUGGAGUCACAGAACCACAUGUCGCCCAGUAAAGUGGACAGCCGUAUGCAGCGGCGCGCCCGCUGCACCUCCAUGAAGGACCGGCAGAACUCGCGCACCCAGAGCGAGCGCAACAUCAGCAUUGACAGCGAGUGCUCACUGGAGUCCAGGCUGGUCACACAGGUGCCCAGGAAGUCAGUGUAUGACCAGCUGAACCAGAUCCUCAUCUCAGACGAACGUCUCCCGGAGAGCAUCAUCCUCAUCAACACAAUGGACUGGCAGGGCCAGUACGUGGCCGAUGUCCUGCAUAAGCAGAAUCAGCCCAUUGUCUCCACAUGCUCUACUGCAGACGUGCAGGCUGCCUUCAACACCAUUGUGACCCGGAUCCAGAGAUUUUGCAACUGCAAUGCCCAGACUCCACCCACCAUCAAGGUUGCUGUGGCAGGAGACCUGAGCUACCUCAGCACAGUGCUGCGCUUCUUUGUGGAGCAGCUGGCAAACAAGACACCUGAUUGGCUCAGCUACAUACGCUUCCUGGUCAUCCCCAUCGGAUCCCAUCCGUUGGCAAAGUAUGUGGCGUCGUUGGACAGCAAGUUCAACAGCAUCUUCAUGGACACGGCGUGGAGGGAGCUUUUCUGCCGGCCAGAACCACCCUCCUCAGAUAACCUUGAUGUGGCUGGAAGGAUCAUCCAGUACCUUGCUGGUGCCAAUGUGUCCCAUCAGUUCCCCAUCUCAGAGGCCAUGCUUACCUACAAACAAAAGAGGAAGCGAAGCUUGUAUUUUGAUUUUUACAUCAGCCCUGACGAGGACUCUUGCCAGAAAUUUGUGCCAUUCAUUGGGGUUGUGAAAGUGGGCAUUGUCGAGCACAGCCUCUCCACAUCAGUGGACUCGGACGAUGCCAUGGGGACCACCCCUUCCCCCCAGUGUGGUGCCCCUCAUGUGAAGGAGAUUGGCACCCCUCCCCCCUCACCCUCCGUCUCGGUCGGUCUGUCUGGAGCUGGUUCUCCGUGCGUGGGCGGCGAGUUGAUGGGCCUGCAGGUGGACUACUGGACGUGGCAGGGCCCGGAGAAGAAGAGGGAUGGGGAGAAGAGGGAGGUGGGCCUCAAGAACACGCUCAAGAGCAACUUCCGCUCGCUGCAGGUCAGCCGGCUGCCCUGCGGGGGGGAGCUCACCCCGCCGCCCAGCAUGGCCAUGACCGUGGUCACCAAAGAAAAGAACAAGAAGGUGAUCUUCCUCAGUAAGAAGCCCAAGGAGAAGGAGUUGGACUCGAAGAGCCAGGUUAUUGACGGCAUAAGCAGGCUGAUAUGUACAGCCAAGCACCAGCACACCAUGCUGAGAGUGUCGAUUGACGGAUUUGAGUGGAACGAUGUGAAGUUUUUCCAGCUUGCGGCUCAGUGGCCCACCCACGUGAAGCACUUCCCUGUGGGCAUCUUCGGCUACAACAAGCCCAUGUGACCUCACCUGACCUCCUCCUCCCUCUCCACCUUCUGUCCUGGGCUCUCAGAGAGAGAACGAGAGACGGAAAGAUGGACAGAGGGAGAGGGAGAGAGAGAAGUAAAGACGAGUGGAGAUAGGAGAGAAGCCAACCCAUCGUAGCAGUGAAAUGGGUUCCCGUGGAAACCUUUUACUGCCGCAAUAGUGUUGUCAAAAACACAAUUUUUUUUCAUCACCGUUAUUAUUGUUGGUCUAUGUUUUAUUUUUGAUGUUUUUUUACACUUCGUGGACAGAUAAAAAGUAAUAUUUUGUAUGUAUGAAUCAUGCUGCCUCCUCUAAAAACAAGUAUUUUUUUGAGUCUUGACAAACGGCCACCUUAAGAUGAUGGCAGCUGUGUUUGCACUUUGUGUUUUUUGCUCAUCCAUUUGUUACCUAUUAUUAUUUCCAUGAAAUCCUGUGUGUAACGCUGUCAUAUACGCAGUGGAUAGUUGAGUGUUCUGAGGAAGCAGGGAACUUGCGCAGAAAGUGGUGUGUGUGCUGAGUACGUUGGUGUGUAUGCGGCUGUGUGUGUCAGUGUAGUUGGUUUGGUGUUCAAAAGUAAGGAAUAUUGCUGUGAAUUUAGAUAGGGACUCCUUCACCUUCAUGCAGUGCGCUGUUUCUACCUUUAUUCAAUUUUUUUUUUUAAAGUGAUGUUUGUUUGUUUGUUUUCUUUGAAAUAUGAGAUCUAAUGUAUUGACCUGCCUUUUUGUAUUUUUAAAGCACACAGUGAACUAAAAGCAAAAAUAUAUAUAUCCGUAUCCCCUAUCAAAACAAAUCAAAGAAUGAGUUAAGGGCCAUCAGACAGAACUCAGACACAAGGCAUGUGAAUCCUGCCACAAUAAUGGCCAUCUGAAUCAUAUGUUAAGUGAAGGUGCUUUGUGUCUUUUAAUGAUUUAGUCUGAGAAAUUCGCCCUGCCCCUGUAGUGAGGCCAUUUACUGCAGUAAGGGGUUAACAGGAAGUGACAGGGGCCUAAAAAAAUGAUAUGGCCUACAUCACCUCAGUCUGUCUGUCCAGUUACUUUGAAGCUUAAUGCCAAAUUAUUAUUCCCUUUAGUAGUCUGUUAUGAAUACAGAAUGUGUUUAUCACAUAGUGUCUCCAGUUACACAUUUAGAAUUUUCUAGAGGUGGUAUGUGAAAGAUGCAUAUCUUUAAAGUCAGUAUUCAUGUGAGGACAGUACUACAACGUUGCACAAUGAAACUUGGCUUUAGCAUUAGGGAGCUUUUAAACCUUCGUAUUCACUACGUAUCAAAUUGCAAUUAUAUGUGAAUUGUUGCCUAUAGCCUGAUGUAAUUUGCUAUUUCACCAUUACAUACUUAAACGUCAUAAAAGGUAGAAUGAGUACACCAUACAAAGUGUAUGGAUAGCCUGUUGCAUUCUGUGUUUGACAUGAGUUAAUAGGGACAGUGGCUCCCUCUAGUGGUCUGAAGAAAUUCAACAUAUUGGUAAAGGCAUUUUCCUUCAGUUCCAUUUCAGAGGGAUGUGGUGGCCGUCGCUAUACUGCUGAUGGAGGAAUGGAAGCACUGCAUGUCACAGGAUGUGAAAUAGGCUCACCUGAGUUACCACCAAAGUGGCAUUCAACUUAUAAUAUCACAUUCUACCACGUUAAGUGAGUUCAUAACUUGCAUCAAUGACCAUGCAUGCAUUAGACCUCAGUAACACACCCAUAACAGAAGGCUGAAUACCUUUAAAAGGUUUAUAAAGUGACAUGGAAAUGAGUGGUCAUAUUGUUUGUGAUUGUCAGAUAUUAGGAGGAUACUUUAAGUGUGGUUUUAAUUUUUUAGGGAAACUAGUGUGGAAACUUUGAAAUUUGAAAUGAUUUGACAAACAGGAAGCUGGUGAGAUGGCCACAGACACGUGUGAAUGACACUGCCCAUGUUGAAGUUUAUCGCUGAUUUGUAUGUCUACACGACGGUGCUCCUAUUGUGGGUCCCAGGUGGAGUCCAAGACUCUACGCUGGGCGUUUGUGGUGUCCAUGAGUUUGGUGAAGUUUGUAUCUUUGUGCAUUAUGAAGAGCCACUUGGCUCACAUACAGUUUUAAACUCCUUUUGUGGUCUUGUUGGAAUGGUGUUUUCCGUGUGUAGCACUUUUCCUGCCCAAAUAGAUUUGUUUUCUUUUUGUGAAGCACAAGUAACUAUGUGUAUAUAUACAUAUAUAUAUAUAUAUAUAUAUAUACAUACAUAUUUAGCUCUUUAGUAAUGCAAUUAAAUGUGAUGCCAAAUAAUUGAAUUAUCUGACAUUGUGGACAAACUCGCUCCAGAUUGGUGUGUUAUAAUUGCACAGUACACAUUUUCACUGAUCAAUGAAAUUUGGUCCCUGAAGCCAACUAUUAAAUUAUUGACUCUAAAUCCUGUCAGACAAGAGUCAAUAACAAGCACAGGCACAAGUGGUCUUUAGCGGCUACCUCCUUCAUCCAAACAUACUCAGAACCACUAUCCACUAUUCACUGGUCCUGACAUCUGAAGUUCCUUCACAGAGUACAUUAUAUAUAUAUUAUAUAUUAGUACUAGUCUGCAUGUUCUUUUACAUUAGCGAAAAAUGGACAUUAAUUAUAACAAUUCCACUAUGUGGCGAACUCCAGUAGGGAUCAUUACGAUCCUUGAAGAAAUUGUUAGAUGUUGGGAGAUGGUACUGAAUCUAAAAUUGAGCUUUUUGAAAGAGACUGCAAAUAUGUAGGUUACUUUAGUGUCAGGAAACAAAUGGAAAGUGAUGUUAAGUUUAUCACGUGUGACGAGGAACUUUGGUGACGGACGGUGACAUACUGGAACAAUGAGUAUAUGCCUCUUCAAUUUGUUUUUCCUUUUUUUCCCCUCCAUUUCUUUGGAGUGAAUGUCUGUGCACAUCCUUUUAUCAUGUUACCUUUGAUGUUACGUCGCUUAAAAAAACAUCGAGGAGUCCCUGCCCCCCCUGUGUUUCUUAGCCUGUUAUAAGGGCGAUAAACUAAACAGAAGAAUUAUUGAAGUUCAAUCUCUGAACCCAUCUUCUCUUGUAUGGAGAUGGUAGCAGGCAUCUUUGCACAAACUUCUUUUAAAUUAUAGAAGUAUGAGAGUAUUUUUAGAAACAAAACAUACCACUUAAAGAAAACAUGGUUUAAUCUUUGCAUGUUUUAUGAUAGUUGUACAUACAUAUUGGACUUUUGUAUUGACCCUCCCCCAACCCCAUGCGCUCACAAAAGCGAUUGUGUUUAAUAAAGAAAAAUGUUUGUAA